AUCCUCGGCGGGGCGGGGUUAGAAGCGGUGCCCAUGUGCGCGAGAAAGGAAGGCGGCGGCAUUGCUGAUUGGUGCUUGGCGAGCUGCAGGUAGGAGUGAGCGGUAGUCGGGAAGCGCCACGAGGAGUUAGGAGUUAGAGUAAGAGAAAACCAUAGAGGCGGCCUGGCUUGCUUUCCCGCGGAAUGCAGGACACGCCGGGGAGGGAAGGACAACAUGUAAUAAUAAUAAGUAAUAAGUAAUGUAGCAGAAGGGGAGAAGUUUAGCAAGACGCGAGGCAUGUGUGGUGCUGCGCUCUUAGGGUAUUAGUGACACUGAGUGUUUCUGCACUGUUAGAAGGAAAACCUGUUGUUAUAUAUAUACGUUUGUGUGUGUAUGCAUAUGCAUAUACAUGCAGCUGUGAGAAUGUCGCUCAUUUUUGCGGGGUGUGAAGCGGAAGAGUUCAGUAGUGAAGGUAGGCACUGGCGUGCCAACUUCCGUGGCAUGAGAGAAGAGCAGAUUGGACAGAGGAUGGAGAUGUUUGGGGCUGCGUACUCACCAUUUAGUUACAGCAGACGCACACACCCUAGCUGAACUACAGUUCCCAGCAGCCUUCACAAACUGCAGUUCCCAGAAGACUUGUGUGUUUUAAGUGUACGGUGUGUGUACAAACCGUGAUCCACAAGUGGUGCAUAAUGGGAAUACGUAUCCCCUGUUGUUUGUGCUCUCAUCUGGUAAUUAGAGAUAAACAGAGUUGUAGUUAAUAGGCUUGUUCUACACUUGAUACACAGUAUUUCCACAGAGCAGGGGUAGUAGAGUGAGAAGUCACUGCCAAGUUAUGUUUUAAGGUGGUGAAUAACAGCUGGCUGCUCCUGAUGAGAUUGUUGUAAUUGUUCUUUAACCAUCUGUGGCCCUGUUGAUUAUGUAGAAAUUUAGCAGUUCUGCAUCAUGUAACAACUGGGUUGCUUCUUCAUGCACUUUAUGUAUUUACAGUAACUUUUUGUACAGUACUUUGUCAGUUUCUCUGCCCUUUACCUGUCACACUUUCAAUCGUCAGGGUAGUUGAUAUCAAAAGGAUUGUGUGUGUGGUAGUUGAGCAAUGAUUGGUUGAUUGGAGGGAUAUUGCCUGGGUAGUGUGCAUAAGGAGGAGUUAAGGGUGCCACUGUUUGUGGGUUUGUGGUGGAGGUGGAGAUUAUCAGAGGAGUAGGGGACACAAAAUAUUUACUAUCUGUACAAUUCUUCAGGCCCCCCGCCCCCUAGUCUUUCAGUAUUGGACUAUCAUGAUAGCUGACCCUUCCAACUGCUGGUGUUUGUGAAUGUUAAGCAAGGCUCACACGGCACCUGAAAUAAUGAGUAUGUAUACUCAAUUACGAUUGGUUCAUUGGCUACAGCCAUUCUCGGACUAGGUUAACCUUGCUACAGUAAUCAACGCUCUGUUAACCUCCUAAUUGGACUGUACAUUACAAGGGGUUGCUCUUGGGCAGAAUCCAGAGCCUGCAGCUAGUUCAGAAUGUGACUGCCAUUUGCUAUCUGGAGAAGCAAGUUGGGAUCCUAUUGCACCAAUCCUGAAAACAGUGGACUGGCUGUCAGUGAGUUACUGGGCCCAAUUCAAAGUGCUGGUACUCAUGUAUAAACCCUUGAAUGGUUUAGAACCCAAAUAUUUGAGUUAACACUUUCCAUAGUAUCAGCCAAACUGAGUUUUGAGAUCUGCAGGGGAGACCCUACUUAUGGUACCCUGGAUGAGUAUUGUCCAGGAAAUCGCUGUACGAAACAGGACCUUCUCAGUGGUGGCACCCCAAUUACAGGACUCAACCCAAUCUCUCAAUUUGUCUUCAGUCAAAUGGCAAUUAACAGUGUUCAACUGCUCAGGAAACUAAAUGGUUUGCAGUCCAACUUCUAUGGAACAGAAGGCUAUCGUUUUGACUGGGUUUUAAUGCCACAUAGGGGAUGGCUAAAGAAUGGCAAGAUGUCUGUGAUGUAGGGAAACAACCCCUUAUCCCAGAGCUUUCCAAACCGUGUGUCGCUACACGUUAAUGUGUUGGCUGCAGUGAGUAGGUAUGUCGUGCGAACGCUCCCCAUGCUUCUUCUAGGUCUGGAAAGGGGUUAGUUUAACCCCCAGUUUGCUAGCAAAACUGAAUUACUGUGUCGUGAAAUGAUGUAUGUCUAAAAAGUGUGAAACCAACAUGAAAACUUUGGAAAGCUCUGCCCUACCUAUAAAGUAUAUUUGGGGAGAGGGACCUGAAGAGGAUGUGGCGAGGGGAAUAGCAGAACUGGAAUGGGCUUAACCAGGGGGUUUAUUUUGAACGUGACUUAAGAUUUGGGCAGGGACUAUAUGCUACAAAGGGAAGGAGGUUCAAGGAACAGGGACAAAGUAAGCAGUGUCUGAAAAGCAGGAAUCUGAGGAGACAUGUUGGAGACAUGAAGUUGAGAGAAAUAUGAGCUAAGUGAAAAGUAGGGUUUAUUUGCUUCAGCUGUGAAAACUGUUUAUUAUUAUCUCUUUGUGUGUUUUUUAAUCCAGUUACUGCUCUAUAAACGAUUGCCCAUGACUGCCGAGUAUUCCUAGAAGUCCAGCCCAAGAAUAUACUGUCUACCAUUUCAGCCUUGCUUACAUCUUCAUUGACUACCUCAAAGAAUUCUAAAAGGUUGGUGAUGCAAAACCUUCCAGUGAGGAAAACCAGACUGAUAAUUUCUCUGCAAAGUGUGAGACUAUCUAGCAUGUGACUGGUGUGUGCAGUUGUCUUCUUAUAGGUGGGGAGAAGCUACACCUGGAGAAAGCUAUAGUUUGCUGAGGUAGUACUCACAGUUAAAUACUGGAGUUGGUGAUCCAGGAUCACCAUUUUCUAAUCCUCUCCUUUAGACAAAAUUAGGGUUCAGAAUCUGAAACAACCAGAGUUUUGCCUGCAGUAGAAGGCCUUCUCUACCUUUUCUAGGGCUUAUCUCCCUUAAUAGUGUGUCUCUUUCAAUUUCUGGUAACUAAAAGAUAAUGAGCACUUGUGUGUUUUUCCUUUUGAUGUCUAGCCUCGUUUUCCCCCAGCUCUCCCACUUACAGUCCCAGCAUAAAUCCAUUUAACUAUACCAAUAUCCUCCUGUUUAUUCCAGCCACCAGUUAGAUGAGAAUUCUCUACUUGACAGAGACUGCUGCCCAUUAACAGAACGAGUUGAAUAUUUAUCCAGAGGUCAAGGGCAGUUUGUGCCUAUACACACUUAAUUCUGUUUUGUCUUAGUCAUGCUUUUGGAGAUCUAAUUAUUCUGUAGCCACAAGGGUAAGCUAUACUCUUGCUGAGUAUGGUACCUUGACUUAAACUGCCAGUAAAAUAUUCUACACAUCUUGACUGUUAAUGAAAUUUUAUAAAUCUUGGCUAUCUUUUGUUCUUCUCCACACUACCUAUCACCUUGUUGUCAAAUGUGACCUCUCAGAGAGGUUGAUAUUUUUCCUGUACAAGAUAUUUUAAAUCUUGCCUGUCUUGUUAAAUCUCCAUUCAUUUCUUGCAGUAAUUCUUUUUUACUAUGUUCAUUUAAUUUUUCAAUACAUAUACAGUGGUACCUUGGGUUAAGAACUUAAUUCGUUCUGGAGGUCCGUUCUUAACCUGAAACUGUGCUUAACCUGAAGCACCACUUUAGCUAAUGGGGCCUCCUACUGCCGCUGCGCCGCCACUGCACGAUUUCUGUUCUUAACCCGAGGUACUAUUUCUUAACCCGAGGUACUAUUUCUGGGUUAGCGGAGUCUGUAACCUGAAGCGUCUGUAACCCGAGAUACCACUGUACUGUAUUGUGCUCUGACUAAAGCAAACAGUGGGGUUGAAGCAGAUGAAGAGGAGUUUAAAAUCAACUUAUGUGCCAGUUAUAGCUCUAUUUUUGUAUAUCCUUUGAAUCCUUUUGGAAAGUUUUUGACUCUGGGUAAGGAAUUCAGCAAAAUCUGCAUAUAUAAUAUCAAAAUGGAUGGGAUUUUAACAUAGGGAAAGGUAUGAAGAAACGUAAUUAAUACUAAACAACAUUUAAUUUCUUGGAGAAUUCCCCAAUGUAAUUAUUUAGGGAUCAGAGUCACAAUACAGUGGUACCUCGGGUUACAUGUGCUUCAGGUUACAGACGCUGCUAACACAGAAAUAUUACCUCGGGUUAAGAACUUUGCUUCAGGAUGAGAACAAAAAUCGUGUGGUGGCAGCACAACGGCAGUAGGAGGCCCCAUUAGCUAAAGUGGUACCUCAGGUUAAGAACAGUUUCAGGUUAAGAACGGACCUCCGGAAUGAAUUAAGUUCUUAACCCGAGGUACCACUGUAUUUGAAAUGGGAACUGUAGUUGCUCCCAAGACUUCCAGAUACAGUGGUACCUCGGGUUAAGUACUUAAUUCAUCCCGGAGGUCUGUUCUUAACCUGAAACUGUUCUUAACCUGAAGCACCACUUUAGCUAAUGGGGCCUCGUGCCGCCGGAGCACGAUUUCUGUUCUCAUCCUGAAGCAAAGUUCUUAACCCGAGGUACUAUUUCUGGGUUAGCAGAGUCUGUAACCUGAAGCGUAUGUAACCUGAAGUGUAUGUAACCCGAGGUACCACUGUAGUUGGUAAUGCCUUAUACCUCAUAAAGACACUGGCCAGGGGCUGUUUGCAUAAGAAAUUUCUCUUGGUUAUGGAUAGUCCUAACCUUUCUGUGGUACUAAGGAGGGCUGCUGUUUAAUAUUUUAACAGAGUAUGCAUAGAAUUUCUUUGGAAUGUAUAGCAAUUACCUUAGCAAAGAUUAUGCUGUAGAUUCCAUACAUGCUGAGUGUACGAUAUGUGAACAACAAGGUAAUAAAGUCCUCCCUGCCCUCUGUGUAUUUCUGUGGCUGAAAAGUCACAGUGUGAUCCAGUUCAUGCCAAAGUUCAUAGCAUGAACAAAUAAAUAACUUGUUCUUUGGAGAGUGGGAUUUUCACAGAAUUUCCCAGCCUCUUUUCUUAGUUGCAUUCCUUUGAAUCUAAUAGUUUCAUUUUUCAGGCACACCUUGAGACUCUGUAUAACACACACACACGUGCAUAUAUCACCAAUUUAUAGGUUUCUAAUUUGUAAAACUUGUGGAGACCACCAGGUUUUACACCAAAAACUGGUAUCAGUCACCACAAUUCCACCUUGCCAUCAUGGCCAUCACUCAUGUGCCAGGCAUGUGCCACUCAUUCUGCACAUCUUUAUCCUUCCUGGGCCUCUGUGUGUUUGUGCCAAAAUAGCCAUAGCUGGAUAAACUCUGGUUGCCUGACACGCACCAUUUAAGCGCUGUGCCCCCUCAAUCUCUUCUAGGGGUUCCCUCAGUCCUCCGGAGCAGAUUUGAGGAGUUCACAGGAGAGUUCUUUAGUGCAAGUGGAUAUGGUUGUGCUGAUGGGAUGCAUUAUUGCCCUUCCUAUGGCAAUAGCACCUGUUUAUUUAAAAAGAAAGUGUGCAGAAGUUGCAUUUCCUACCAGUGUCUUGCAGUGGUGGCGGGGCUUCCUCUAUUUCACAUAGGAGAAUGGGCAGGACAGCUAAACCAUCAGGGCAAGAGUUAACACAGAUGCAGCCUUUCUCAAAACUUUGUAGCUUUUAAAAGGGCAGUCGCCAUCUCCAGGUGAACACACGUGCCAACCAUAAUCCUUGGUUUUAUUUGGGUAAACCAUGGAGCUCAUGCACUGACCUGCGGAUUCCUUUUCUACUCUGCAGUAAAAUGGCAGCCAGUGUCACCACAUUUAACAUUGACAUACCUCGCUGGGACCAGAACACUUUUAUGGGGCGUGUGAAGCACUUUUUCAACGUCACGGACCCAAGGACACUGCUGGUGUCAGAACAUGAACUGGAUUCAGCAAAGGCAUUGGUGGAGACCUGCAGGUAGCCUGGGCAACUAACAUUUGGGACUCUUGCAUGAUCCAAGCAUAGAUCGUAUUCAGGUUUAUUCACAAAACUGGUGGCACAGUGUCCAUGUUACUCUAGAGUCUAUUACAGAAAACGUGAAUACCUGAAUACAUUUUCAAACCUUGAUCUGAUGAGAGAGGCAACACUUUAACAGAAUUUCUCUAUCCUGGACCUGGUGUUGAAAAAAUACCAUAAAGGACAUGUAGGGAUUUAGACACUGUUGUUUGGUCCCAGCUCCUGCCCACCUAGCAGUUUGAAAGCACGUCAAAGUGCAAGUAGAUAAAUAGGUACCGCUCCAGUGGGAAGGUAAACGGCGUUUCCAUGCGCUGCUCUGGUUCGCCAGAAGCAGCUUAGUCAUGCUGGCCACAUGACCCGGAAGCUGUCUGCGGACAAACACUGGCUCCCUCGGCCAGUAAAGUGAGAUGAGCGCCACAACCCCAGAGUCGUCUGCGACUAGACCUAACGUCAGGGGUACCUUUACCUUUUUAAGAAUAUGUGUGUGUGUGUGCCUGUGCGUCUGUGCGCUCUGUGAGAGUGUUUCUCCCAGAUUCUCAGUGCUUAACUUUGUAGCAGAGGGAGGGUGCUGCUAUUCAGUUUGGAGGCUCGAGGUAUUAGAAAAAUGGUGCUGGAACAGUUACUUCUUUCUCAUGCCUGCAGGGCAGGCAUUGUGCCUCCAGGAACCAACCAAGAGCAGCUGUUCUAUGCCAAGAAGCUUUAUGACUCCGCUUUCCACCCUGACUCUGGUGAGAAGAUGAAUUUGAUAGGGAGGAUGUCCUUUCAAGUCCCCGGGGGAAUGGCUAUCACAGGCUGCAUGCUGCAGUUUUACAGGUACGAAGGGAGGAGUGUUGUUUCAGGAAGUUGCUUUUGUGAGACAUGGAAUACUGGGUGUUUAUUCCUUUCAAGCGUUGGUGAUCUCAACUGAAUUUUGAAAUCUGUUCCUUAUCGUGCCUGCGCUACUUUCUCCCAUUUUUACUCCUGUUCUAGAUCGGUCUUCAAGAGGUGCUACAUUAACAGUGAAAUGUUUUUCAGGCAAUUAAUCCUUAGCACUGUGCACCUGCUAUUUUAUUGCAGAAAUUAGUAGCAGACACUAACUGUAACUAAGGCUGCAAUCCUAAUCCCACUUGGGUGUGAGCAGGAGCCAUUGAAUUAAAUAAGAUUUACCUCUGAGUAGACACAGGUAGGAUUAAACUGUAAAGGAGACUUCCGAGAGGAUUUGAACACAGGCAGAGUCGGUGCAUGGGCUGAGCAGACAGACAGUGCACUCACAAAGUCAUAUCUGUGUGCAGCCAGUGCUUUUAAAACACCAUGGCUUAGCUCAGCUGAACAACCAGGAGCCUGCACGUUUGCUUGUUCACUGUAAGUCCUGCUUUAGCUUGGUGUUGCAUGCAACUAAAGGCCAAGUCUGACAAAGGUGAACACCUUGGGCCAGAAAAAUGAUAACAGUGGUGUCACUUUUGGUUAUUUAAAUGGAUGCACAAUCCUAUUCUGGCUUCUGGAUCUUUUUUCUCUCACUCCCUUCCCUACAGGACAGUUCCAGCUGUAGUUUUCUGGCAGUGGGUGAAUCAGUCUUUCAAUGCCAUUGUGAACUACACCAACCGGAAUGCUGCCAGCCCCAUCUCCCUCAAGUGAGUACCUGUUUAGGGUUACCUGAUGGCAUGAGGCAGGAUUCACCUAACCAACCCCAUCAACAGAAGGCCUUCCACACAGCGGUGCUUCCCCCCUCCCUCUUCCCCUGUACAACCCCUGGAAUUGGCUCUGGGAAAUGGACAGGAGAAUAUCCAGAAUAGCAUGCAAGGAAGGAGGGGGAUGAUUCCAUCUGGAGAGCAGGUGGAACAACUGGAAGUGAGCAACACUGAAUUUCAUUCAGUCUUUUAGCAUGUCAGGCUUGUUGUCUGGCUUAAGCUAGGAUUUGCUCUAUCAGCUGGAAUAGUUUGACUACAUUGGCAGGAAGCGCCCUCUGGGGAAAUCGGAUGAUGCAAACAAAUUGCUAUGCAUCCAUUUGUCAUAGUAACCCUAUCAAGUUGAUAGGGUACUUGGCACUUCUGAAACGGGCUCCAGUGAACAGAGCUUGGUGGUACUUUUGGAGUGGCAGAAUCAAAGACCUCAUUUCUUAUUGCCCCUAUGUGUGAUAUUCAUAGCUUAUUCACAUGGAUGGCUUAACUUCAGACUGUAUGAUGGUAGAUUUUUACCCAGCUGAAGUGGAGAAGAGGCUGUUAUUAGGCAACUUGAUGCUCUGUCUACAGCAAUAGACUUCAUGGUGGUUCUGUUUCCCCUCCCAUUGGAUCACAGAGCUAGAGUUGGAAAGAUUCUUGAUGUCUUGUGUCUAUUGGAGAGCCAACAGUGUAGGGAUGGCAGGUAGUGAAUAAGCCUGCCACAGUAAGACCACACUGGUGGUGUGGAGGCGUCCCUCUGUUGCACAAUUCAUGAACUGAGAUGGACAGUCUAUAUGGACCUAACUUGUUUACCCUUUGGAUGAUUCCAGGCAAAUUGGAGUUGCUUAUUUCACUGCUACCAGCACUGCCUUGGCAACUGCCGUGGGACUCAACCUUUACACCAAGGUACCGUAGGAAAAUGCUUUGUUCUUCUAACCACAAAGGGGCAGCAAGGCUGCAGGCGGGGAGGCAAUCUUCCUCCAGUGUCUUCGGAGCUGUGGAAGUGUGAUUGUCUGCUUCUUAUGCAUCAGCCUUGGGAACUGUACAAAGGGAUAAUUGGAAGGCUCACCAUCCUGGACACAGCUUAUUUUGGCUGUGAGAUGUGUCCCAUCCCUUCCUUCCUUCCUUCCUUCCUUCCUUCCUUCCUUCCUUCCUUCCUCCCUUCCUCCCUUCCUCCCUUCCUCCCUUCCUCCCUUCCUUCCUUGGCUUCAACUGUUGUAUGUUAUUGUAAGCAGAUGUGUAUUCAUUAUAAGAAUUUGGGAGAAUUGGAAUAACUCUUGGUAUUAGGCAUACAGGGCCUAUGGUAUCCAUAGCAUAGGCACUGUGUCCUUCCUGAAAACACACACAGAGUUCUGAAGAUCUGGUCCUCCUCCUAAUUGCACUCCUGUCUCCUUGCAGAGAGCGCCAUCCCUUGUGGCACGCUGGGUCCCCUUUGCAGCGGUAGCUGCUGCCAACUGCGUCAACAUCCCCUUGAUGAGGCAGCAGUAAGUCUCUAGGUAGAGCUCAAGUGGCCUUUUAAGGCGGGAGGGGUGAAGGGGUGAGCUGUAAUGUCAUGAUGCUGUGCUCUGCUUGCCAUCCACAGCCCAGGCCUUUGCUUCAAAGAAGGAAUUCUGCUUUACCUAGCGGUAAAGGCAUUUGCCUGGGAAUAAGGACACCUGAGUUCUCCCCGCUCCUCCAGUAUCUAAUAAUAACUCACUUGCUCACUCAUACAGCUGCUUUCCAAAGUCACUGCUGAUAGCAGACGAGGCAGCAGGGUAAACAAACCAGAAAGGAAGCUCCAUUUCCUUCCCAAAGUGUAUUUACUUCUCUGGAGGUGAUUGGGCCUCCAUUUAAACUACAAGUCUUAAAAUCCUGGGCAUUAGGUAUCUAAACACAGACACAUUGAGUGCUGAGUCAAAAACAUGAUGGGUGGGACCAUUUUUGUUGAUGAAAACGCAAACUGAUUUCAUAUAGUGUGUCAUGGAGUAUGUCCUAAGAUGUGGGUGAUAAGUCCUUGUUGUUCUUUCAACAUCCUACUAUUUUUCACCAUUUGCACUACAUUUCCGUGUGUGUGUCUGUGUGUGUGUGUUUGUUUGUUGUGUGUGUGUUUUUAACCUUCAGACACAAGUUUAUACUCAUUGAAGAGCUAUAAGCUUUUGCAUGAUAGGUGUGGACAGUAGUCUUACACUGUUGCUCUUCCACUGUUGAAAUGGUUUCCUGUCUCCCCGGACAGUAAACUUGCAUCAUUCCACUUACUUCCUGUACAUUUUGCUAAUAUUGUAUAACUUCUCUUAUCCUCAGCUGAACUUGCAUAUGUUAUGACCCUACAAACCAGUUUCUUUGCAGCAGCAUCCCAAGGUCCCUUGCUCCCUGCCCUGCUUUUUGUGUGUGGAAAUUAAUUAGAUUCAUGAAUUCUCUAUAUAGGUGCAGUUUCACAAAUUCAGCAUUUAUUAAAAAACAACAGCAAGCCCAAAACAUGAGCCACAGUCCCUGGAGGAAGAAGCAUGCACAUAUAUAGAACAUGUGCAGAGGUUAGGUACCCAGACACAAAUGCAACAUAAAUGCUGUCUAGAUGCAUCCUUAAAGCAAAAUGCAGAAAAAUGACAGCUAAUUAUGUGGAUUUGGCUGGUUGGUUCUAACCUAUUCAAUGGAAAAUCAGUCCUACUGCCAUUUUGAGGUCACCUCUUCUCACAUUUUCCCAGCCCAUAACCCCGUAUACUACAAUACUCUGUUUUCUUUGUUCACUUAGAAAAUAAACAGUUGGAAUAGUUUAAAACACAAUGUCAAUUAGUAUUAUUUACCAGUUGUUAAAAUGAGAGCACAAACCAGAGUCGGAUACAAUUUUAAUAUAUUGCCUAAGGACUAAGUCAGCAGGGUAAUUGAGGCAUCAGUGAUUCAGAGACAAAUGGGAAAAAAUCAGUUCUACUAGGCUGAAUUCUCAUUGCUCUUUAUUUUGGAUUUGAUGAGGUAAUCAUUAUACUCUGAUUACACAAAAUAUAAAUCAAAUUUUCCCCAUGAUUGCCUUUUUACUUUUAUGUACAACCAGUGAUGGUUAAAGGGAAAUAACUUGGCUUGCAAUGAACUUAAUUUCCAUGUGAAUGAGAUUGCAGCAGCCACCCUUAGUGACAUGGGCAAAAACAAUUAGACACAUGAAAUACAGAGCACAGGGCAUGCAGACCCGACCUGCCCAGAAUAAAGAAAUGCAAUGAUGGACAUUAAAACAAGUGGUAGGCCCCAGGUAGAAUGCAUACAGAAGUCAAACCUUAAGAUUACAGAAAUAUGUUAAAAUUCUGCUCUGCUUACUGCUGGUUACGCAGUUGUAGUGUGGUUUUUAAUGGCUGUGUAGUUUGCUAUAAAGAGAGGUAAUCUAUUCCUGCUCACAGCCACAACCAUCAAGCAUCCAUUUCAAACACUGAGCUCCUUCUUGGCUCUCUGUGUCACCAGAGUACUCUGAUACCCCAGCUCCAUUCUGCCUCUGUCUGCAAAAAUGAAAUGGGCUCACAGUAAUGCUUGAGAUGUCACCUUCUUAUUGAGCCAGAAACUAGUUGCAAGAUGUUUUCCGUGGCUUUUGUUGAUAGAUUUCCCCCUUAAAUCAAGGGAAAAUGUUGCAGUGAUAGGCUUCAUUCAAAUGGAGGCAACUUUUUUAAAAAAGAAACUAUGAACAUAGUGGAUAAGCACUUUGUCCAGGCGUUUAAUUUGCUGGAGGGGGUACUACAAAUGCUUCCUUUAGUUAUCCAGAUGUGUUCCGUCUUCCAUAUAAAUAUUCAGAUGAAUAUUUGGAAUAAAUCAUUUUAUUACGGAAAUCCCAUGACUCUUUGGAGAUAUGUAUGCAGGGUUUUUUUGUUAAUGGGGGCCACUAGGCGGCAGCAGUGCACCAUCAAAUUGGUUUCAGAUGCUUUGUUGUCUUGUGAGAUACACCAUCUCAGCAAUAGGAUGCUCCUCAUACUGAUGAAGCACAGUAGCCUGCAAGGGAUUUAAGAGUUUUUAGAGUAUAUUACCAUGAGACCCUCCAGUGUUCUGUGAGCAGAUUUUUCCUAAUUCAUUAGUGAAAAACGGAGCCUUGGGUUUCCAAAACGAGAGAGCAUAUCAGCACAAAACAAGCCAUGUGAUUGGGAGGAAGAUGAGGUGAGGGUUCAGAUCAGGAGGAUCAAGUAACUCCACAAACACACAUUAAGUGCCACAGUUGUUUGGGAGUAGUUCUGGGGAGUGGAAUAUGUUGAGAGUGGGGGGUGGGGGAGUCAAAUGUGGGUAGGCCUCUAUCCCUUUUCACUUUCUCUUUCUCUCACCCUCUUUUCUCUUUGCCCAGCAGGGUAGGGAAGUUGCAGGACCUACCUUGCCUUUUACAGUGGUACCUCGAGUUACAAACACCUCAGGUUACAAACGCUUCAGGUUACAAACUCCGCUAACCUGGAAGAGUUACCUCAAGUUGAGAACUUUGCCCCAGGAUGAGAACAGAAAUCGUGUGCCGGCGGUGCAGCGACAGCCAGAGGCCCCAUUAGUGAAAGCAGUUAAGAACAGUUUCAAGUUAAGAAAGGACCUCCGGAACGAAUUAAGUUCAUAACUAGAGGUACCACUGUAUAUAGAACCCCAAGGUCCACGAACUUGAGCGAGCUACAAAUGGAGGCUUGGGGGAUGUGUGUACACUCAGAACUAACGAACCAGAGUGCCUCUGGGUAUGUGGUACCUGAGCUAAGCUCAUACUCCUUUCAUACACAAACACGCCCGUUACAGCUUUCUGCCUCAAGGUUUGUUUAUUUCAGCAACUUAAGUUAAAAGGGGUGAGUGGAUUUCUUGCUGUUUGGAGCUGGGACUCACUUGCUGAUCUGCUGCAAAUUGACUGUAGCUGUGCCAGUCGAUUCUGACUGUCCUAUAACCAACUCUUUUUUUUUUUUUAAAUGAUAUUUAUUCCAAAUUUAAAGUUACAAAAAAGAAAAAGAAAAACCAUACAAAAUACAAAGAAAGCAUUAGCCGUAACAAAGCAAAAAAUAAACAAGUAAAAAGAACAAUGAGAUAGAAUAAAAAAGAAGACUUAACAAAAAAUAUAAAAAUACAUUGAGUUAAAAUAAAACAAAAGCAGAUUAAACCUUUACAUAACCUUUUCCCUUUACUUAUUUCCAUGACCUCCUCUCACCUCCCAAUUUUGUAUUCUAGUUCAAAUCGUGUUUCCAGCAAAUCCCUCUAACCUUGUUUUCAUUUACGUAUUUUAAAAUUAAAAUAAUGUAAUUAAACCUCCUCUAUUUCAUCAAAUUCAUCAAUUCAUUUUUGCAUAUUCCAUUAUAUCGUAUCUACCCAAACGACCUAAUAUUCUUUUUCCAACCUCCUUCUACCAUUCUUUUAUAUUGCAAUACUUUUGAAGAUAUAUUUUGAAUUUUUUCCAAUCUUCUUCCAUCGACCCUUCUCCCUGUGUCCUAUAACCAACUCUAAUGCCUCCCCACCAGGGACAGAGGAAGGGGGUGGGGUGGGGGCGGAUCACCCUAGGUGCCUUCGCUGGGGGGUGUGACAUUUGGCGCACCGCCCGCCUGCGACUCCCAAGCCUACCUCCAGCCGUCGGGGGAAGGGGGGAGCUGCUCUACUUUGCCAGCGGCAUUCCUUCAUUCCCCCUUCGUUUUGACAGCUGGGGGAGGCUUGGGAGUCACGGGCAGGCAGCGUGCUGAAUGUCUGCCAUCAACUGCUCGCUCCGCCCCCAGCUGCAGGGCGCGCAUGCUGCUCCGUGCACCCAAGCGGCUAUCCCGUGCCUGGGAGGGCACCCUCCGCACCCCUCUGGAGUGCGCCCACCCUGGGCAGCGCAGUCAUAUGCUCCGCCGCUGCUCCCCACCACUGCCCUUAUGUCAUUUUAAGAUAAUGGUGGCUUAGGGUUUUCUUGGGAUUGGGAAUCUGGGUCCUUUUGCUGUUCUAGGCAUCCCCUCAUGUUUCAUUUAUUUAUUUUAUGUAUUUAUUAAAUUGAUAUACCACCCUUCAACUGAGGAUCACAGGCUCGUUUACAAUAUAAAAACAGGAAAUAUGUAAAAUAAUGGCAGACAAAAUAAAAACCCCUAUGUUUAAAUUAGCCAAAUUAAUUCGCUUAAUUAGCCAAUGGCCUGGGAGAAGAGGAAUGUUUUUGCCUGGUGCCUAACAAUAUAUAAUUAUGUCAUAAUUUCAUAAUUAGAGAGCCUCAGACAAUGUCUGAGUCAGACAGAGUCGGUGUCUAUUGUUUGCACAUACACAAAAAAGUGAAAUGUGAUGUUCUGAGGAUCCACAUGUAGCAGAGUCUUGCUAUAGUUUCUAUCUCCUGUGUUCUCUUUGAGCCGCUCUUCAAGGCUCUCUCUUUCGGUGGUUUGCUGUGAGGAUCAUGAGAAUGAAGGCUGAAUAUCCUGACCAAAGCAGGGGUGUUUGUUGUGCAGAGGGAAGGAAGAAGCAUGCUUCAGAUGUUGAGCAUGGUGGUCUCAAAUGUGUGGAUGUUCUAAAGUUCAGCAUGGUCAGUUGCAAUGUCUAAGACGGUGUGUUUGUGUUUGCAUUUAGGGAACUCAUAAAUGGGAUCACAGUGACUGAUGAGAACGACAACCCUCUGGGCAAGUCCAAGGUAAGUACCAUCAUCUCAGGAGUUUGGAGAUGUAGAGUCAUCAUUGCUGUGUUUGGAGGAACAAAGCAUUUGGAAUUUGUCUUGCUGACAGCCAAAGGAAUUGAGAGACCUGGAUAUGCGGGCACUUCAGGUUUUAAAAUGCUGCCCUUUUUGUGUACUUGUGAUCUCCCCAUCCUAGGGAGGAUUUGGGAGUCGGGCACAAUAUCAGCACUUGGGGGAGAGAGAAAAAAGGGCAACAGGGAGUUGUGAAAAGAUGAAAGCUACUGUUAUGUUUUUAUAUAUUUUAAAGUGUUUUAAAGGUGUUUUUACUUUUUACUUUAUUGUACCACCGUGAACAGUGGUUUUUAUCUAUGUAUUUUUAUUUUGUUCCGUUUUAUUGUGGUUUGGGGUGGGGAUUGGUUUUGUUUAGGUAUAAUUGUUUUCGGUUUGGUUUGGUUUGCUAUUUUGUAAAUGGAGGCUUGUAUGAGGCUUGGGAUUGCUACCGUGGAGGGGCGAGGGAGGUAUGGUGGUGGGGGCAGAUGUUAUAGGCGAAGGGGAUCGAGAUACGGAUAUGCUCGUACCCCUUCCAAUCUGCGCCCCAUCCCGAGGGACGAGGGUAGGGUGAGCAAGGAUUACUUACCUCUGUCACUGGUGUUGUGCAAUGCCAGGGCUAUAGGCAACAAAGCCGCCACUCUGCGAGAUUUCUUUACCUCGCAGGGGGUUGACCUGGCUUGUGUGACGGAGACCUGGGUACGCGAAGGGGCAACAGUUACCUUACAAGAGAUGGCGCCCCCGGGUUUCUCCGUCCUCCACCAGUCACGGACUGUGGGCAGGGGGGGAGGGGUGGCAUUAUUAAUCCGGGAAGAUUGUCCUUUCAGGGCUCUACCAUCGCCAUCGAUCCCCGGCAUUGAAUGUGUUGGCCUAGUGUGGGGCUCUGAGGUGAGCUUGGCUGUCUGGCUGGUGUACCGGCCACCUAGCGCACCAGCAGCCACCCUGUCAGGCCUGCUGGAGGCGGUGGCCGGCUGGGCCUUGGAGUUCCCUAACCUAUUGGUAUUGGGGGACUUCAACAUCCAUGCUGAUGCCACUCCCUCCUCACAGGCUCUGGACCUGGUGUCUUCCAUGGCAACACUAGGGCUCUCCCAGUUUGUCUCAGGCCCCACACAUCAAGCAGGCCACACGCUGGAUUUGAUCUUUGGCGUAGGUAUAGAUGUGAUCAUGUCUCCUUCAAUUAAGGUGCCAUGGUCUGAUCACUACGCUCUGAAAGCCAGGAUUGACUUUCCACCCCACCCUGCUUAGGUGGCGAGCCGAUUUGGGCUCGCCCGCAGAGGCUGAUGGACCCUGAUAGAUUCCGUCAAGCCUUGCGGGACCUUGCUCCCCCUGGUGACUCAUUGACUGAGCUUGUUGAGGGCUGGAAUACCCAGCUCCUGGCAGCCAUAGAUGAGAUCGCACCUAAGCGCCCUCUGCGACUCCGCAGAAACCGGGCUCCCUGGUUUACCGAGGAGCUUCGGAAAAUGAAGCGGGACCUCAGACGGCUAGAGCGAGUAUGGUGGGGUGCCCGUGACGGAGCCUCAAGAACAUCUUAUAGGGUUUUUAUGAAAACCUAUGAGAUGGCGGUGAAGGCCGCUAAGAAGUCUUACUUCUCGGCCUCCAUUGCAUCCGCUAGCUCUCGCCCAGCGCAAUUAUUUAGUAUAAUUAGGUCUUUAACGUCCCUUGAAGGACAGCCAAAUUUAAAUAACAAUCUGACACACAGCUGUGAGGCAUUUGCGAGCUUUUUGCGGAGAAGGUCCUGUUGCUCCGCCAUGACCUCCCUGCCAAUUUGGAUACAAUAAAGGAACUGGAGGCCCUCGACUGUCCUCGGGUCCAGUAUUGGACCACUUUGAUCAGAUAUCCCCAGCCGAUGUGGACAGACUCCUCCGAGCUAGAAAGCCCACCACCUGUCCUCUUGACCCGUGCCCGUCUUGGCUGAUUAGAGCGUGUCCAGACGAGGUGCGGGCCCCCCCUGGGGGAUAUCAUCAAUUUGUCCCUUGGCACCGGGAUAUUUCCAGGGGAAUUGAAGGAGGCAGUGGUGCGCCCGCUCUUAAAGAAAACAUCAUUAGAUCCCUUAGAUCUAUCCAAUUACCGCCCGGUUUCGAAUCUUCCAUUCCUGGGUAAGGUGAUUGAGAGAGCGGUUGCUGAACAGCUUGGUAGGUUUCUGGAUGAAACAUCGGCUCUGGAUCCAUUCCAGUCUGGCUUCCGCGCUGGUCAUGGGAGCGAGACGGCUCUGGUCGCCCUAACAGAUGAUCUCCGCAGGCAGCUGGAUCGAGGCGGGUCGGGGCUGCUGAUUCUUCUAGACCUGUCAGCAGCCUUCGACAUGGUUGAUCACGAACUCCUGGACCACCGCCUUGCCGACGUGGGGAUCCAGGGCACAGUCCGCUCGUUUCUCUCCGGUCGGGGACAGAGGGUGGCGCUUGGGGGGGAAUUGUCAUCCCGCCACUCCUUGGUGUGUGGAGUGCCUCAGGGUGCGAUACUCUCCCCGAUGCUUUUUAACAUCUUUAUGCGCCCUCGCCCAGCUUGUCCGGAGUUUUGGGCUGGGUUGCCAUCAGUAUGCCGAUGACACCCAACUCUAUCUGUUGAUGGAUGGCCAUCCUGACUCGGCCCCAGACACACUGACCAGAUGUUUGGAAGCUGUGGCUGGAUGGUUACGUGGAAGCCGGUUGAAGUUAAAUCCUUCGAAGACAGAGGUCCUCUGGCUGGGACGGGACGAUAUGGGAUUGGGGGCAACUCCCAUCUCUUGCGGGGUGCAAUUAGUGCCAGCACCGUCCGUUAAGAGUUUGGGUGUAAUCUUCGAUACCUCCCUCUCUAUGGAGGCGCAGAUUACAGCUAUAACAAAGGCGGCAUUUUUUCAUCUCCGCCAAGCUAAGCAGUUGGCCCCUUAUCUCUCUCGCCCUGACCUAGCCACUGUGAUCCGCGCGACGGUCACCUCCAGACUGGAUUAUUGUAACUCGCUCUACGUGGGGCUGCCCUUGAGACUGACCCAGAAACUCCAGCGGGUGCAGAAUGCUGCGGCGAGACUCCUUAUGGGGUCUUCGCUGCGAGAUCACAUUCAUCCGGUACUAUACCAGCUGCACUGGCUCCCGGUGGAGUACAGGAUCAGGUUUAAGGUGCUGGUUUUAACCUUUAAAGCCCUAUACGGCCUAGGACCCUCGUACCUACGGGACCGCCUCUCCUGGUAUGCCCCACAGAGGAACCUACGGUCUGCAAAUAAAAACAUCCUGAAGGUCCCAGGCCUCAGAGAGGUUAGGCUGGCCUCAACUAGAGCCAGGGCUUUCUCGGCUGCGGCUCCAAUCUGGUGGAACGCUCUGUCACAAGAGACUAGGGCCCUGCGGGACCUGACAUCUUUCUGCAAGGCCUGCAAGACAGAGUUGUUCCACCAGGCCUUUGGUCAGGGCCCAGCCUGACUCCCUCCUCUGGCAACCUGCACAGAACUUUGCUUAACGGUUGCCAUUAAUUUGAUUUUAAUUAAUUUUUAUAAUGAAAUGUUUUAGAAUGUUGGAUUAUUUGAUUGUUUGAUUAUUUGUUUGUUGUUAGCCGCCCUGAGCCUGGCUUUGGCUGGGGAGGGCGGGAUAUAAAUAAUUUUUAUUAUUAUUAUUAUUAUUAUUAUUAUUAUUAUUAUGUCUUAAAGCUGGGCUUUUGGAACCUGUGGCCCCAGGCCUAAUUAGGCCUGCCAGACCUCUGCAUUUUGCCUCUCAGGCCGCUGCACCCAAGCCAUGCCUACCUGUUCUACACCUGUUGUCAUAUAAGGCAUCAGAUGUGGGGCAGCCAAUGACCUGGCUCAGCCAAAAUUAUUAGUGUCUGCAAAGCACUCUGCAAGACCCGACUGCUGGCUGAUGGCUGGGUCUUGCCGUGCCCCUUUCAAAGUGCUCCACAAGAUAGCACUUUUGCAAGGGGCUUUGCCUACAUGUCAAUCAUGGCCAGCAAGAGGUGGAAGAGAGAACAGUCUGACCUGCCAGCUGGAUCCAGAUCCCCACCUCUGACUUUGAGUAGGCAGGGGGAACCUGCAGCUCUCUGGAUGUUGCUGAAUUCCCAACCUUCAUCAGCUCCAACCAGCAUGACCAUUUAUCAGGUAUAAUGGGAACUGUAGUCCAGCUACAUCUGGAGGGCCACAGGUUCUCCAUCCUUGCCUUAAAGAUUUAUUUGUGCGCAUGUCCAAUAAACUUUCAUAGGCCAUAACCUUUCAUGGGGAAGUGUUGGCUGCUUCAGAUAAGUGACUUUCGGCAUCCCAAGAGAACCAGACCUAUCUAUCUCAUGGAGUUGGGGUGGGGUCACUGGCUUGCACUACUGCCUGCUUAUGAUUUUAAGGGUUCUUGCUUUACGCUUCUAAUCUGCCUUCCGACCCCGAGAGCUGGAGCCGUACUCAAAAAUUGCUUUAGCAGGGAACAAGAUAUGUUUCAGCUUGCAUUGGCACACACCGUGCAUUCUUCAUGACACAGAUGUCUAAAGAAAGAACCCAGAAUGCAGAUGCUAUGCAGAUUCUUUGUAGGUAGCAUUGGACGCUUUGCUAUUCCCAGUUCUGCUACAAAUAAAGCCCAAGCGGCAUAUUUUUGUAUCUCUUGCUCUGCCGAAACACGAAGCUUGUUGACCUUCAGAUAAUACUUUCUAAAAGAAACAUCCUUAGAGAACAGGCCCCUACUUGCAAUCUGAAAUCUGGCACAGGGAAAACAAUGGAGACAAGGGUAAAUAGGGGGAGGACGUGCAGUGAUUUCAGUUAGUUACAGCAUUCGGACAGCAUUCUUCAGUUGGAACUCUGGUGAGACAAUGUAAGCCCAGGCAAGAGAUGACCAGGGCAUAGUUCAGUUUUUGCUGAGAUGCCAGAGAGGAAAGGCUGUGUUUCUGCAGUGUUGUAAAUCAGGGGUGGGUAACACCCCUUUGCCAAGGGCCACAUUCCCCUGGGAAGAUCAGUGGGGGUGGGGGUGUCACGCGCAGUUAGGGGGCAAAUGUAGUCCUCCUCUCCUUCCCUCUCUUUCUGCCAACCCCUUUUUCUCUUCCUUCUUGUGCAGUGAGCUGCUGGAGCAGGGUCAGAUCACUUGCUUCCAUUGCUUCAUCCGUAUGAGCUUCUUCCUUCUCUCUCCCACCAAGGGCUGCAGUUUCCCAACCUCUCUUGUAAAAGGGAGAAGUGACAUGAGCUGGCUAUAGACUGAAUAUGAGGAACAAAAGAGAGAGACGUGCCCAUCGCUAUCUCCCAGUGUAACAGAACAGACAGUGCUGCUGUUGGUGUGGAUCCAAAGAGAGAGCAGAUUGGAAUGAAAGAUCAGAAGUUUGGUGUUGCACAUGUUGAGCUUGAGAUGACUAUGAUGGAUCCCUAAAGAAACAUAAGUGACUUGGGCAGCAGUGUGGGAUUUGAUGAGGUCACCCAAAGGCCGUGUGUCGAGAAUAGCAGAGGGCCAAGAGCAGAGUCCUGUAGGGCACCAACAGAGAGAGGGAAAGCAGAAGAUGGGCUCACCAUUGUAGCAGGAGUAGGGAACCUGUGGAUGUUGCUGGCCUACAUCUUCCGUCAUCCCUGACCAUUGGUCAUGCUGGCUGGGGCAGAUAGGAGCUACAGUCCAACAACAUCUGGAGGGCCACAGGUUCCGCCCUCCUGUCCCAUGGGAACAUCAAGAUGCACUGGAGCAUUUGUAGCUGAUCCUCUUGCUGUUGGAACCAUGUUUAAUGUAUCCCUAUUUUCGGUCAGAGGGUUGUGCUCUCUCUGUAGUCCUUCAUUUCCCAUCCUUACGUAUCCUUUCUCAAAAUUUAAUAGCCAUGAAAGUGCCCAUCUGAGUGUUGGAGACAGACUUAAACCAAGAAGUCUCCAGCCCAGGCAUUUCCCCCCUUUGCCUGAUGCCAGCCAUUCUGAGAUGAUUGGUCCUCUAUGUGUGUCAUCAUUUGAAGAACAACAUGACUCUUUCUUUCAGAGAGCUGCGAUCAAGGGGAUAACUCAGGUGGUGGUUUCCCGCGUCGCCAUGGCUGCUCCUGGCAUGAGUAAGGCAAAGCCUUUGAACUAUAGCUUGGCAAGUAGAUUAUGGGAUGGGCACCAAAGAUGACACAUGGAUUAUUAAUGUAAGGUAGCUUCAGCUGAGGAGGAGGAGGAGGAUGAUAGGUAUGAAGUUUUACCUCCAGUCAAUGAUCUCUCCUAAGAAACAGACCAAACUAUGGUCUGCAAGCUCCACUCAGGAAGAUUGUAGAACACUUGAGAAUACCUGUACCUUGGCCCUAUACUCAACUUCCCUCAUUGUCCACCCCAGCUGAUUUGUUCUGAUCCAGCUGAUCGGGGCCAUAUUUACUGAACAGACUGGCAAGCCCUAGAGCCUGUACUGUAUUUUGUUUUACUUUCAUAACACUGCAUUGGUGUAGUGUACUAAUUUUCCCCUAUAAUUUUACCAGUUCAGGGGCCAAUGAUUUUCAUAAUAUGGUACUUGUUUUGUUAAUGAUUUGGGGGGGGGUAUUAAAGUGAAUUGCCCAAUUCACAAUUGGCCUUGAGGGUGGGUAGUAGCGAAAUUGAGAACCACUGCUCUAGUGAGUAAUAUUGUGGGCUUUUGAAACUGUAUUUCAUAUGGCUCUUACUAUGGUGUUCAGAAAGCAAACUGCUCUAAUGCGGAAGAGAGUCAUUAUGCUAAGACCCCUCCACCCCCCCAAUGAAGUCUCUAUAAUAAGGCCUGUCUCUACCUCGGGAAAUCUGAGUAAUCCCCUUCCCCAUUCCCCUCAUCUGUAUCUUACAAGCCUAAAGCUGCAAGAGAAUACUUUCUGAGCAUGUGGCUGCGCGCUGUUUGCUUAUUGCACUGCAGAGCUAGGCUGAGGAAGAGCUUUUAAAACUAGUUGUACAUGGAAAUUUAUUCCUCAUACUUUAAUAGAUGGUGUGUGCUAAGAAGUCGCCACUGGAGGAACCUUGCCAUCUUUAUCUGUUUGGGCAUUCUGAUGUGGCUAAGUCCUCCUGGACUCCCAACAUAAAAGCACUUCAAACCAGAAGAGGUUUGUUGCAGAGUGCUUGAAAUAUCUUCAGUGCCAUAAGCAUUUGGACGUGUUUUUAUUAUAAACCAUUUAAAGUGCUGUUAAUAGGAGCACCUGCAAAUGUGGUGAUGAGCUGCUCAGUGAAGAAGCUAUUGCCCACUGUUCAUUUGUUUGGGGUUUUUGCAUCUUGCAUACCAUUAGUUCCCUUGAGCCAGGAUACAUGGGCAUUAUCAAGAAAGAAGAGACCUCCUGGGUGGACUCUAGGGAGAGAUAUUUUGUGUCUGUGUGGCUUCUUAAAGUCAGGCUGUUCCGCUGCUGAAGUUUACAUAGCAUGCAUACAUGGAGUGGCAGAAAAGCGGGGGAGGGAAGGCUCUUUAAUAUUCCACAUCUCUUCUUAGAAUAAACCAGUGCUCUCUUUUUCUCCAGUUUUGUUGCCCAUCAUAAUGGAGAGACUAGAAAAAUAUCCUUUCAUGAAGGUAAGUAGCUCUAGAAGUAUACCUUAACACCAUUUUCUGCCCUCUGUAUGGAAAAUGAGUACCAUUUUCCCAAUUUAAAAGGGGGAUAGGACGGAUCCGCAAAACUAUUGGCUGAUUGGCUUGCUGGCCAUCUUCUCAAAGCUAUAUGCACAGUAUCACCUUCAAAAAUUAUCAGACUGGUUGCAAAAUAACAUUAUUCAUGAAUAACAAGCAGGAUUCAGAGGAAGACACAGCACCAUUGAUAAAUGUUUUACUCUGAACCAUAUUGUAAGGAAAUAAACUAAGAACAUUAAGAAUAAUCUUUAUGUAACCUUUAUUGAGCUUUCUGCUGCAUUCAACUCUAUUAAUUGAAACCGACUGUGGAAGAAAGUUCAGAUUGCUAACCCUGACUGCAGACUUCUGCUAUUGAUCCAAGAACUAUACAGCAAUACAGAAAUGAGGAUCAGAGAUGGUAUAAAAGACCGGUGCUUUUAAAAUGUCUUGAGGAGUGAAGCAAGUUGCAUUCUGGCUUCCACUCUUUUAAAUUUUUAUGAUAAUGAUCUGUUGCCAUAUUUAGCCAAUGCAAACUCCCUCUCUCCAGUAAUUAGAAAUAGAAAGCUCUCAAUAUUGAUGUAUGCAGAUGAUUUAGUUCUCCUCUCUCUUUCUCGAUUGGGCCUCAAAAAUCUCUUGGAGGUGUUCAUACUAUAAACAGGAAAGCCUAUCUAUAAAUUCCUCUAAGAUCAAGAUUAUGAUUUUUGGCAAACACAGUUGUAGGUAUAAAUGGUGCUUAGAUAAGCAAACUGUAGAACAAACUUGCUCAUUUAUAUACCAGGGUAUAGUCUUUAGUGAAACCCUCUCUUGGAUGUGGCAUAUGGAAGCAAUGAAAGUCUUGGAAGGGCCAAGAGAAAAUGGAUCUAGUUGUAGCAGCAGAGAAUUAGGUUGAAUAGCAGAAAAAGCUUGUUCACCAUGAGAUCAACCAGACAGUGGAACAAGUUUCCACUGUAAUGUGGUGGAGUUGCCUACCCACUUUUAGAGUGAAGUAGGGUAACCUGUUUCAGAUUGAUUGAUGCUAGAGAACCUUUAAUCAGUGCAGGAUGCUAGAUUGGGUCUAUGGUUAUCGCAUUCAACCUAAACAAUGUCUGAUUUCCCACAAGCCUCUAUCCUAUAGCUUGUCUGUUUGAAUUUUACAUGGUUUUAUCUCUUGGAACAGCUCUGUAAAUUUAGCACUAGGGCAGACUGGCUGCCAAAACACUGAAGCAAAACCUAGCCACUUUCUGACUUCCAUAGUAUGUGUUCAGCAUUGUCAGAUCCCAACAGAGAAGAGGGCAUGGAUGGGGAACAUGUGGCUCUCUAGAUGUUUGAUGUACUAUUGUCCCCAUCAUCUGUGACCAUUGGCCAUGCUUGCUGGGGCUGAUAGGAGUUGGCACCCAACUUCAGCUGGAAGGCCAUGGGUUCCCACCGUUGUACUAAGGUAUGAAAGUUUGGUUUCUUACUUUCUUAUCUGUUGCUUUCUUGGCAGAAAAUCCAGGUUCUCCAUGCUCCAUUGCAAACGAUACUUGUUGGAGGGUUGUAAGUAUUAUGUGUGUCAUAUUGCCUUCAUGAGUACUAACCUAAGGCACAGACGGCAAAACUAAAUGUGGUGGGUAAUGGGUAUGGUAUAAAACAGCUCUUUGGAUACCCACAAGAGACUUUACAGGUUACUUCUGUAGCACAACAGCUGUUGAGUGACCAGGUGAUUUCAGAUGAGGAAAAGCAAUGGGGAGUAGUCAAGAUGCAAUACUAGCGUUUCUGUCUGAAAAAUUCUUCCAUGUGUAUGGCCUCUCUCUUAGCAGUUUUGAAGGUGGAAUAGCAAUGCUGGGUUUGCUGUCUAGAAAAAAAAUUGAACCUUAUUUCUAACCGUCUGCCUUUGCCUUGUAGCCUUGUGUUCAUGGUCCCGAUUGCCUGUGCACUCUUCCCACAACGAAGGUACAAGUCUUAGCCCUCUCUCUUUUUAUACAUUCUCUCUGUGACUUCCCUAUACAAUUCUGGUAUCUUCCUGGCUUGGGAGGGCAGCAUUGCCACAUGUCUUCAACCACAUGUGCCUUCAGCUGAUUGAUAUUUGCUCAUCAUUUUGUGAGCAGGCAUAGUAUAAUUUAAUAAUUACUUCAUCUUUCCCACACAGGAAUGAUUCAUGUUGGUGUGCAGCCAAAAUUGCAAUUCACUCCUGUGCCAUGUUUACUCUAAAAUGAAAUCCCACAAGUUCAAUAGGACUGGCUUCCUAAUUGGUGACACUGAAUUUCCUUGAGAAAGAAGCCAGCAGAAGGAUUCUGGACUAACUAAAGAGCUUCUCUGGCCUCUUAGCUUGGAGUGGGGGGCACUAAGUGUGUGGCUCUUUAAUUCAGGGUGUUCCCUCUGCGCUUCCAUACACAAGCAAAACUGUAGACUCUGUACAUAACUAUUUACUAUUUACUAUAUUUACUAUUUACUAUAACAUUUACUAUGGCACUGGUUCCCAGACAUUUUCUAAAGAAACGCACCCACAACAUUUUGUCUUUGACUGGGACUUAUGUGUCAGUUCCACUCAGGAUGGGUUUUGCAGACAAGCCUUGCGAUGCACACACAUAAAUAUGGAAUCUGCCAUGUGGCCGAGUUUGCAAGGGAGUGUAUUAAGUGAUUCACUUAAUACUGAUUUCGAUAUCUGCCUCCAUUUUUCUGUUCUUACUCUUCAGGAGAACAAAGGCAAGGGCAGUUUUGCUGCCAGCUUGAAAUCCAUGUUGCCUAGACUCUCCUCAGUGCUCUAGAAACGUGACACAAAGAGCCUGGCAGCAAGUGCAGCUGCAGACUGGCUCUCCUAAGCAAGCCUCUGCUUCAUCAAACUGUUCAGUUAAAAUUUACAGCUAGCACCAGGAAAGCCGAUUGUGAAUGGUUUCUUUACCCAUAACAGGUGCGUAGCCAGUCCUUGUCCCACCUGCUAGACUACAGUUCUCUCUCCAUUCCUUUAGGGGAGACCUGGCAAAAUUAAGUGACUUGCCCAGAAUUAUAGAAAAGUAGUGCGUGGCAGGGUACAAAAUUUCACGUGACUUUUUUUGCACCUAAUUGGCUCCCAUUCCCAUGUCACUUUAUAUUAGGCAGCCUUGAGCUACAUAGAGGACCAAGUCUUUUCUUCUUUUCCUUUCCAGCUCCAUUGCCCUUUCACAUUUGGAGCCUGAUCUCAGGCAAUCGAUUGUGGCCAGACAUGGAGACAAUGUGCCUUAUGUCUAUUUUAACAAGGGAUUGUGAAUGAAGCCUCUAUCUCGGGAGCUGCCUGGACCUGCAUUCGUGCUCUGCCUUUGAGCUUCCGAGAAGCGUCUGGUUAGCCAUUGUGAGAAAUGGGGUGCUGGGCUAAUUGGACCUUUGGCCUGAUCCAGUCUGGCUGUUAUGAAGCUCUUAGCUGUACAGCACUCCUCACAGGGAUAGGUGUUGUAACCUCACUAUGGAUUUUUCCUCCACCUUCCCGGCCAUAUAGUUCCUGCUCCGUUCUGAUACGUUAUCUGUGUUCUAUGCAACUUUGGGAUUUCCAACUGGGUGCUGCAUUUUGUCUUUCCAAGGCAAUCUCUGCCAAACUUAUCUUUGUCAAAAUCUUUCUUGGUUCCUAAAGGGUACAAAACCUCCAAAUAGAUGUGAAAUGGGGAAGUUACUGUGGGCUUCACACUGGAUGACUCAAAAUCAAAAUAUAGGUCUGUAUCACUAUGGUGUUGAUUUGCUCAUGUGCCUUCAGAUGGACCAAUUUCCUCUGCUUAAUCAUUAAGAUAAAUCAUGUAAAGGUAGGUGACUUGGGGUCAGUGUAGGAAAUUAUCGUUUAAGCACACCCUGCAAAAGGUGGUCAACUUGUGACCUCCAUGUGUUGUUAGAUUCCAGCUCCCAUCAGCUGUAGCCAGCAUGACCAGCUGUCAGAGAUGAUGGGAGUCAUAGUCCACCAGCAUCUGGAAGGCUAUAGGCCCAAACUCAAGUCAGUCAAGAGAAUGGGACUAGAAUAAUGUUUCUGCCACCACUGCUUUUCAAGAACCACAGUGGGACAUAUAUUUUCUAUGCAUGCACAGAUGGGCUACUGGGGAGAGAGGUGAAUGUGAAAUCUGUUUUCUUUUUUCAUUUGGAAAGAUGAGCCUAUAUGUUCUGCCUCCCCAGUAUUCCUUUCCAGAGAAAAAUAAUAUUCCACCAGCUCAUGCAGUAGCAACCUAGUUCUCCCUGAGUACUUUCUAGGGGUGGUGAAUUAUUUUCAGCCCAAGCACUUAGAAUCAUAGAAUUGUAGAGUUGGAAGAGGGACCCUGAGGAUCAAUGCUGGAAUAUGCAGCUGUCCCAUAUGUGGAUUUAAUCCUACAACCUUGGUGUUAUCAGGACCAACCUCUAACCAACUGAGCUGUCCACAUUCCCUUCUGGUCAACCUGCUGGGGCCCACAGGCCAGUGGUGGAUGGAGCCAGAGAUGAAAGUGGGCAGAGCAACAAAUGUAAAGCACACCUUUUCACUAUAGGCUAGGGUCUACGCACACACAAACCUCCCCCCUCCAACCAGGCAUGCAAGAGGCAGUGUAAGAGUUCAAGAACACAUUCCAGACAGGCAAAAACACUCAAAGAAGGUGGGGAGCAGGGCAGGGGAUGGUGUGUGACCUGGGAAGAUUCUCAAAGACCAGAUAGAGAUCCAGAGGGCUGCAUUUGGCUCUUAGGCUUCAGGUUGUCCAUCCCUUUGUCUGGCCUGUACCACUUUAGAGUGUAGGUGAGUGUUCACAUAACUGAAUGCUUCUCUGUACAAAAAACACAGAUACACCCACAUGCAGCACAGAAAAAUAACAUGGGUAGUGUAAGGCUACAAAGGUCCCCAGAAGAACAUUCAUUAUGUGUGUUCCCCCACCUGUGCUCUGAAGUAAUUUCCAAACACAGGUUUGCCACUUUAUUGAGAAGUGCAAGUUGCCCAGUUUGCUUAGGCUAGUAUUAAGACUGACUCUAAAUAGUUGACAUUUCCCAUGCUGAUUCUUUGGCAGCACCCGGGGUUAACAGAAAAGCAGCUAUGGGGCCUACGUGUAGACACAUGCUGUCCGUGCAGCUGGUUAAGGAUGCAAAUAGCGCAUAUUUUCUACCUCUCCCAAACCAGGGUGUUGCACUGUUCUGGAUACAACACACAUCUGAUGCUCCCACUCACUCAGGUGUAAGUUGAGCAGGUCCUUUACUGAAAUCUUCUGUCAGCAACAUACUCACCAGGUGGCUUUAGGUGAGCCUUAGUCCUGCAUCUCAGCCUUCGACCCCAUCUCCAACCCAUAGGUGAUAAUACUAACCAAUCUUGAAGUUAACUGUUGUAAUGAUUAUUGAGAUAAUGUGUGUGAAGUAUUCUGAACACUUGAAAUGUGCUCUUUUUAAAUAGUAAAUACUUUCAUUAUGCAAAUCAAGUUAUUGCAUGCAGAAAUUAGAAUGCUUGAUGGGCGGGAAGACUCUCAUGCAAGGUAUUCAUUUAAGGUACAUGUGCCAAAUUAUGAUGAGAGUCUGUCCCUUGUUGGUAGAUAUUUUAAGCAGCAAUUUAUUUUAAGGAUCUGAUUUGCCUUGCAUUGAAAAUGACUGUUUGAAUCCAGGAGCUUACCGAUUUUUAUAUGUGUUUUACUAUUUUUAUGUUAAAUGUUGCCCAAUUGUGUAUGUAUAUUUGUUUAUGCUGGUGCUAGCCAAAGUCUGCCAUAUUGGAUGGCAAAGUAUUGGAAUAUUUUUUGCUUUUUGCCAUUCUUGGAAUUGUUCAGGAUGAACUGACAUUCAGUGUUGCUUAUUGGGUCAAGAAAAGCUCACGCCACUAAACCUGCCAGGGAAAGGCUUUGUUACAUGUACGGGAAAGACAACAGAAUAAAACUUAGAAAUUGUCCCUGGCUCUUCUCUUGUAAACAUUUGGAGCCAUG